AUGUUUCUGUCUCCUCCUACGUUGACUGUUCUUAUUCCAUUGGUUUCUUUCGCAGGACUGUUCUACUCAGCCACUGUGAAAGAAAAUUUCUCACAGGGCUGCUCUAACACAAUGAGCCUUCGCUUUUACACUCUGCUCUUGCCUGUUACCAUAUCAGUGUAUGUGUUCUUCCACCUUUGGACUUGGAUGGGUAUUAAACUUCUCAGGCAUAAUUAA